AUGUCCGACGAGCAGACCUUCAUUGCCAUCAAGCCCGACGGUGUCCAGCGCGGACUCGUUGGCCCCAUCAUCUCUCGCUUUGAGAACCGUGGCUUCAAGCUUGCUGCCCUGAAGCUCUGCUCCCCCUCCAAGGAGCACCUCGAGCAGCACUAUGCUGACCUCAGCUCCAAGCCUUUCUUCCCCGGCCUCGUCUCCUACAUGCUGAGCGGCCCCAUCGUCGCCAUGGUCUGGGAGGGCCGUGAGGUCGUUAAGACCGGCCGCACCAUCCUCGGUGCCACCAACCCUCUUGCCUCCGCCCCUGGCACCAUCCGUGGUGACUUCGCCAUUGUAAGACAUUUC